AUGAGCGACGAAGAAACCCCAAAUACCGAGCCGUCUACCUCGGAGACCACAAACGAAGCUGGCAGCUCUGCAACCGGAGUCACUGAUGAUGACAAUCAAUGUCAAAGCACGUCUGUGGCUAAUCCAAAUUCCGGUGCCCUGGAGGUGGCAGAAGACAAGGCUGCGGCCACUGACGAGUACAUCCGCUUGCGUGUCAUCACUAGUGACAUGACCAAUGAGGUGCACUUCCGUGUAAAAGCCGCCACAGCCUUGGUUCGUCUGAAACGCUCGUAUUGCAGCAAGCUGGGUUUUCAAGUGGACGAGUUGCGUUUUGUGUUUGAUGGUCAUAGAAUCACCGACGAAGAUACCCCUAAAUCAUUGGGCAUGAUAAACGACGAUGUUAUUGAAAUAUACCAAGAAAGGACUGGUGGUAUGUGA